AAGCAGAGAAAUUAAUGAGUUACUCAAAUGUGGCAAUUUCCAAUUGGAAAACUAUAACUGGGCUCAUAGAAGGCAAAUUAGAUCCUGCAAAUAACACAUUUUCAUGAAAUCUGGAGUCUAUUAGGAGCAAGAUCAAACCCCUUCACCAUGCAAUUUCUUCCUUUGCUUUUUCUUGUUGUUGGAGCAUCCAUAGUGAGGUCAACAGACCUGGAGACAGAAAAGUGUGAAGAAAAAGUAAAUACUUGCACAAUCUUUUCUGGGAACAAUGGACUGCCAGGCACCCCUGGGAUCAAUGGAUUACCAGGGAGCCCCGGAAGUCAUGGAUUACCUGGAAGAGAUGGAAUACAAGGUCCUCAAGGUGAAAAAGGAGAGCCAGGAUCACAAGGGAUACAAGGACCCCCAGGAAAAGCUGGACCUCCAGGUCUUAAAGGAGAUCAAGGACAAAAAGAUGACAGGAUAACUAAAGAACUAGCACUUCUUAAAACUUGCAUGAGUGAUCUCCAAACACAGUUAAGCAUAUUGCAAGUAACUGCAAGGACAACACAGAAAGUAAUCCUAGGACACAUUUUCCCAAACAUCGUGAGCACAGGAGAAAAACUAUUUGUGUCCAGUGCAGCCGAAGGCAACUAUAUCGCUUCCAAGAUGGCGUGUUCCCAUUUUGGAGGCCAGAUUGCUUCUCCAAGGAAUGAGGCUGAAAACAAUGCAAUUGUUAAAAUAAUUUCAAAGCUGGGGAAAUCUGCAUAUCUUGGAAUGAAUGACAUAGAGACUGAAGGCAUCUUUACCCACUUAAAUGGUGAACAAAUCGGAUACACAAACUGGGCAUCAGGGGAGCCAAAUAGUGCACAAGAGGACUGCAUAGAAAUAUAUACAAAUGGCAAGUGGAAUGACAAGUCCUGUGCAGAAACCAGAAUAAUAGUCUGUGAAUUUUUAUCCAACUGACUUUGAUAUUCCCAUGAGGAAUGAUUCAUACAUCAAUUUCCAUUAAACUAAUUUUUCUCAAUUGGUAUGGGUGGAGAUCCAAAUGAAAUCAUCAGUCUUAUAUGGAAAGGAUCUCACAAAGACAGAACUCCAGAAUCCCUAUGAAUAGCAAGAAAUGUUUUCUCAAUGUAUCUUGAUUUGUGUUAUGGUGAAUUUAAACUCACAAUGAACAAAAUGAGCAGCUCUAGUCUCACUAACAGUUUUUUAUUCAAGAGAAGUUUUUAAAAAAGACGAAUGGUGCUAUAAUGUGUACUACUUGGAAGCGAUAAGGCAGAAGUCACAAAGAUCCUAAUCUCAGAAACAUAUAAACUACAAACAAAUUGUGAGCAUGUGAACAUGUUGUAGAAAGGCUAGCUUUUCUUUUACAAAUAGCCUAAAUAUUUAAAGUUUUCCAGCUCUUUUUCAAAAUGGAGAGAUUCCAAAAUUCUGCAAUAUGCAUUCAGAGUGAAUAAGUGGUCCUAAUGUAGUUAAGUAUCGGGUACUCUGUUCUGUUUCUGCUCAGUUAAAAAAUAAUAAAAUCAGUGUUUUCACACCUUCCUA